ACGGCGGGGCGCGGCGGGAGGACGGAGGCCCCGGGCGACGCCGGGCUGCGGCCCACGAGGCGGGGCGGCGGGUGGAGCCGGCUGCCGCCGCCGCCGGGCCGGCGUCAGAGCGAGUGCCCGCGAGGUGUAUCCUCGCGCGCGUCUGCGGGAAGCGGGGUCAGGACAGCCCUCCCACUGAGGCCCGCGGAGCCCCGCGCCCCGGAGCGCGGCCGAGGAAGGCCGCCUGGGAAGGCGGCGGAGAGAUGCGGUGCGGCGGCCGGCCCUAGACAGGCUCCCCGGGGGGACCGGGAAAAGCCCCGCAUCCGGGGCGGAGGCCGAGGUCCGCGGGCUCCCGAAGGAAGCCUGCGGGAACGCUGGGCGUGCUUUGGAGAAUCGUCGGUGAGCGGGGCAUGCGGUCUACGAAGGCGGGGGAAGAACAAAAUCCGCUACCGCCCGGUCCUCUGAAGAGACACCCUGUGGCGCCGAAAGCCUCGGGAGCGAGCGCUCUCGCGGCCGCGUCCUUGGUCCCAGCAGCGUCCGGGGCCGAGCUGGUGAGUGGGAGGAUGCGCGGGUGUGCAGCCUCCGUCCCGGGAAGGCACGGCCGGGAGCAGUGAGGAGCGGCAGCUUCCAAAUGCUGCUUCGAAAGUUUCCCCACUUUGGUAACUAGACGUUUACUUUUAUGUAUUCCGGGGCAGGAUAUUUCCACAUGCUCCAUCCUGCAGGAUGCAGCUCCUUUCUCUGCAGCGGGCACAGCUUGGGGCCCGGUGGGGGGAGCCCGUAAGCUACCUACCCUUCCUUGCAAACUUCAAAAAGUUGGGCCAGCUCCCGUUAUACGGAGCUCGGUCUACGCGCGGGGCCCCAGUUACGCUGGACCAGGUGGCUGUGGAGGCACCUGCUCAGAUGCGGGGGGCUUUGGAUGAGAUGAUAGAUUUGAGUUGUUUCCGGAUUUCCCUGUUGCAAACACUUGUGCAGUAGUCCUGAUGAUACUCGAAGUGCUGUAUUUCCUCCAUCUGAACCCAUCCCCCUCCCCCAGUUUCAACAUUUCUGAAACCAGGAGGCAUCUUCACCGGCCAAAAGGACUCGCCCGCUGCUGGGCAUCUGCGUGGUUGGGGAAUGUACCUGUUGCUGUUUGGUCAGGUGAAAAUGCAGCUGUGUGAUUAUUCCAUCACUUCUGACACUUGCAAUGAACUUUAAAUGUAGAUCUCUAAUUGUUUUUAAAAGUAGCUGGAAAAGAUAGUGCUGUGGUAAAGCAAAAAUUGUAUAGCAAUAUUUAUUAUCAAGGGUUUUCUGUAUCCUUGACAUUGUUUCAAUUAAUGUUACAGCCCUAUAAAGUACAAUUGUUAUUCCCGUUUUAUAGAUGAAGAAACUGAAGCUCCAGAGAGUUCGAGUGUCUUAGAGCUUUUAAGUACAAGUGUCGGGAUUCUCACCUAAACUGUCUGAAUUCAAAGCUUGCCCUCUUAACUCCACUAAGUCUGUAUCCAGGCAGAAGAUGGGUGCAGCUUAGUGGGAGGGAAGUCAAGACAGGGUCUAUGCUUGUUUUUAUACCUUUUUGGCUGUUUAUGGAUGUGUGUACGGAACCGGGAGACAGCCACAUCCAAGAACACUGAUUAUACUUAUUCCCACGUUGAUGCCAAAUCUUUAUUUUCGGAUCUUUUGCAGUUUAAAAUAUAUUUCCUCAAGUUCUGGAGUUCUGGAUGUGCGGUCAGUGCUUCUGGAUCCCUCCUCUUCUGUCUUUUGCUCCUCUAGAAGACUAUAGAGGCAUGCACUCCAAACUGUUCAACUGGCUGCCUCCCAAGGAGGCACUCCUUAAUUUAAGAGAGAAGUCAGUUUUUCAGAGUUGUUAAGGUCACAUCAGCCUCUAGGAACCCCCGGGUUCUGGUGCUGCAGGGACACACCAAAGUUCUGGGGGCGGGAGAUUGUGGUCAGAGGAGACCGCAUACCUGUGAAGCCUCUCAGCAGAGAUUCUGGCACUUUCGUCACCAGAAGUGGACACGCCCGGUUGGGUGGGCAUCGUCAUGCUACAGCAGCUCCUGAUCACCCUGCCCACGGAGGCCAGCACCUGGGUGAAGUUGCGCCAUCCAAAGAAGGCCAAGGAGGGGGCACCCCUGUGGGAGGAUGUAACGAAGAUGUUUGAAGGAGGAGCUCUGCUCUCUCAGGAUGCUGAGGAGACCCAGGAAGAAAGUUUGAAGGCUGAAGUCACCUCUGGGCCUCCAGCAGCAGAAUCCCAGGAACUGCUGACUUUCAAGGACAUAUCUGUGGACUUUACCCAGGAGGAGUGGGGACAACUGCCCCUUGCUCACCGGAAUCUAUACCGGGAGGUGAUGCUGGAGAACUAUGGGAACCUGCUGUCAGUGGCAGGAUAUCAACUUUCUAAACCUAGUGUGAUAUCCCAGUUGGAGAAAGGACAAGAGCCAUGGAUGACAGAGAAAGAAGGCCCAGGAGAUCCCAGUUCAGACUUGAAGAAUAAAACAGAAACCAAUACAUCAGCUUCAAAGAAUGACAUUUUACAGGAACACUUAUAUCAUGGCAUUAUGAUGGAAGGGUUCCUGAGAGAUGAUGUCAUUUACUCCACAUUGAGAAAAGUCUCUAAAUAUGAUGGCGAGUUAGAAGAGCACCAGGAAUCCCAUGGAAGAGAUAUAAGACACGCCAUCCUGACCCACAAGAAGAGUGACCAAGAAACUAACAAAUUCGGGGAAAAUAUUGUCAGUUCAAAUGUUACGAUAGAACAGAGGCACCGUAAAUGUGAUACACCUAGAAAGAGGAAUAAAUACAAAUUAGAUGUGAUAAAUCAUCCGAGUUACAUAAGAACAAAAACCUAUGAAUGUAAUAUAUGUGAAAAAAACUUCAAACAACCCAUUCAUCUUACUGAACACAUGAGAAUUCACACUGGUGAAAAACCUUUCAGAUGUAAGGAAUGUGGAAGAGCGUUUAGCCAAAGUGCAUCCCUUACUACACACCAGAGGAUCCAUACUGGCGAGAAACCCUUUGAAUGUGAAGAAUGCGGCAAAGCCUUUAGGCAUCGCUCAUCUCUUAAUCAGCAUCAUAGAACUCACACUGGAGAGAAACCCUAUGUAUGUGAUAAAUGUCAGAAAGCUUUCAGCCAGAACAUUAGCUUGAUCCAGCAUUUGAGAACUCAUUCUGGAGAGAAACCCUUUACGUGCAAUGAAUGUGGGAAAACCUUCCGACAGAUUAGACACCUUAGUGAACAUAUAAGAAUUCACACUGGGGAGAAGCCCUAUGCAUGCACUGCGUGUUGUAAAACCUUUAGUCAUAGAGCGUAUCUAACGCAUCACCAGAGAAUCCAUACUGGGGAGAGACCCUACAAAUGUAAGGAAUGUGGGAAAGCCUUUAGACAGAGGAUACACCUUAGCAACCAUAAAACUGUUCAUACAGGAGUGAAAGCAUAUGAAUGCAACCGCUGUGGAAAAGCCUACAGGCAUGAUUCAUCCUUUAAGAAACAUCAGAGACACCAUACUGGAGAAAAGCCUUAUGAAUGUAAUGAAUGUGGAAAAGCCUUCAGCUAUAAUUCAUCACUUAGUCGACAUCAUGAAAUACACAGGAGGAAUGCCUUUCGAAAUAAUGUGUAAAAAUAGAUUAUUCAACAUGAGAACAAAAGCUAACUCUAAAUCAGUGCUUUUAAAUUCCAGGAUUCCAAAUUUGAGGAAUUGAUAUAAUGCUACCAGCCUUUAAUAUUGCCUGUUGUGUAAAUAGUACAUUGAUAACUAUUAUCUACUAACACCUCCGUACAAAGUACUUAAGAAUAAAGGAUUAAAUUAAA